AUGGCGGUACCGGGCUCCUCACACGACCAGGCCUGGAACCUGGGCCCUCCCACUCCCACGGCCCCUACCUCCUCGUCCUCGGGCCCCCAGGAACGGGAGGGCGCCGGGAGCCCAGUUGUCUCCAGGGGGCUUCCCUUGGAGAAGGUCAAACGGCCCAUGAAUGCGUUCAUGGUGUGGAGCUCCGCCCAGCGCCGCCAGAUGGCGCAGCAGAACCCGAAGAUGCACAACUCGGAGAUCUCCAAGCGCCUGGGCGCGCAAUGGAAGCUGCUGGGAGAGGAUGAGAAGCGGCCCUUCGUGGAGGAGGCUAAGCGGCUCCGAGCCCGGCACCUGCGCGACUACCCCGACUACAAGUACAGGCCCCGGCGCAAGACCAAGAGCGCGGGCGCCGGGUCACCCCACUUCAGCCAGGGAAGCAGUGGCGUGGCUGGCGGCGGGCCAGUCUGGGGGCCUGGAUAUGCAGCCAACCAGGGGAGCAGAGGCUUUGGGUACCAACCCCCCAACUAUUCGACAGCCUACCUUCCUGGCAGUUAUGCCUCUUCCCACUGCAAACCUGAGGGCCCCGCGCCGUGCUCUCUCCCUCAGAGUAACCCAAGGCUCCAGGGGGAGCUACUCCCCGCUUACAGCCCCUACCCACCACCAGGCUCUCCCACUCUGUACAACCCACCCCUCUCAGGGACCCCCUUGCCCCUGACCCACCUCUAA